AUGAAAUCUUCAUAUAUCGUGAAGCAAGAAGACGAUAAGAUCCUUUGUUUCAACGGCUGCACGGGCGAGGAGGCCGCGAAAAGGCGAUACAUCGGGGUUAGAAAGAGGCCGUGGGGGAAAUACGCAGCCGAAAUUAGGGAUUCAACGAGACAUGGAGUGAGGGUUUGGCUCGGCACAUUUAACACCGCAGAAGAGGCUGCUUUGGCUUAUGAUCAAGCUGCAUUCGCGACGAGGGGUGCUCUCGUUUCUCUGAAUUUUCCGUUGGAGAAAGUUGUGCAGUCGCUGCAGAAGAUGAAUUUCAGAUGCGAAGAGGGCUCGUCGCCCGCAAAAGCCCUAAAGGAGUCUCACAAGAUGGUCAGACAGCCAUCUUGCAGAAAGAAGCAAGCUGAUGUUGUGGUUCUUCAAGAUUUGGGAUCUGAUUUGUUAGAUGAGCUUCUAUCUCACACCUCUAAUUGUGAUUAAUUCUUGUUUUAACUUAUGCAAUCUAUGUUCUAUAUAUAUAUGGUCCAUCUUGAAUGGUGUAUUAGACAUGUUUUGGGAAUAGAGAAAUAAUGAGAGGAAUAAUAAGAUUGAUAAUUUGAUGAUUUAUUAUUACU